UUUGUUUACUUCUGCUUCCGUAGCUUCUAGCUAGCACAGCCCCCGCUGUCUUUUAAACCUCCUCCCGUGCUUCUAGAGUAACACGUAUCCUAAAAUGUCUUCACCGCUUCUUCUCAGGGCCUUCGUGACCGAGCGCCUGACAGCCGCCGCGGAGGAAAUAUUUCAGGUGUUUGAGAGGACGAUAGCAAAAUACGAGGAAGAAGCGAGCAGCUCCCAGCAGGAGAUCGAGCGACUCAGAGGUCUGCUGCUGGAGUUCAUGACAAACCAGAAAAGAGACGUUCGUCAGUUGUCUGUUUGUAAAGAGGAGUCACCGCCUGAGCAGGAGCCAUGUGAGCGCGCACCGAGCAUCAGCGUCCAUAAGGGCAAUGCAGAGCCUCGACAUAUUAAAGAGGAAGACAGCGAACUCUGGGCUGGUCAGGAGCAAGAUGAAAAACAGGCCGAAGAGUUUCAUGAUGCUGAUGUCUCAUAUCCACCUCACUCUUCUGUUUGGGAGGAAAAUGAGCUGGAGGACACGAAACCGUCUCUGCAGCCUGAAGUGCAAAACUGUGAACGUGAUGAGGAGUUUCUGGAGGAGCAGGAAACCAGAACUGUGCAGUUCAUAUUGCCUCUCACAUUGACAUCUUCUUCACAAACUCUAGCCCAAAGUGAAAGUGUCCAGGACAGAAGGGAAAGCGAAAGACCUGCUGCUAGUUUUUCAUCAGAACAAACCCAGACGCCCUUUAGCACUUUCAGAGAAUCCACUGAGUUACCUCAUUUUAACACUGCUGCACCUGACUAUCAUUGCCAUUUGUGCAAUAAAUCGUUUUCCUCCAGCCAUCACCUGAUAAAUCACGCUUUCCACGUGCAUUCAACAGAUGCAGGUGCCAUCUGUGCCGUGUGUGGAAAGACGUUUGAAUCCACCGAAAGCCUUAACAUGCACCUCAAAUCGCACAAGGGCUCAAAAUGUUGCCACAUGUGCGGUAAGCAGUGCAACAGCACGACCGCACUGACCGAGCACAUGGCAAGCCACGCCGGGGUGAAACUGCAUCGUUGCCACGUGUGUGGGAAAGAGUGCAGCCGCAAAGGGGAUUUGAAGAUACACAUGAGGAUUCACACGGGUGAGAAGCCUUUCUGCUGCUCCUUUUGUUGCAAAAGUUUCACCCACAGCGGACACCUGAGGAAGCACAUGAGAAGUCACACAGGCGAGAGGCCUCACCGCUGUGGUAUCUGUGGCAGAGGGUUUCUACAGAGUGCACACUUGAAAUAUCACCUGGGGACUCACACUCAGAAAUACUGACUCAUUCAUCCUUCUGGGCUCAUAUUUAAUAAUGAAAAAUAUUCAAAAGAGACGCCAAACUUUGCUGUAUAAGAGCAAGAAGACCCAUUAUAAAGGUGCUUAAAGCAAAGUGUCAGUGACAUUUAAAGUGGGUCUAAUUCACUUAUUUUUAGCUCCAUGUUUUUGUUCUUGGGCUUUGCAUGAUUCACAGUUCAAAAUAAUCCUUAUUUAUCCUAUUCUGGGCUUUCAGUUCAUCCACUGUCUGAAAACAUGUUUUUAGGUCCUCUGAGCAGCACCCUUGUAAAAACAAGUAUCUGUACUCAGCAGCAGGUUAUUAUUUGGAGAAAUAGAUUGAAGCAUGAACUAAAUUAACUUGAAUUUUAAUGCUGCAUGUAUAGAAUCACCAGUUAAAUCUCAAAACUAAAUAAAGCACUUUAAAAUGUUUGAUUACUUCCCCUAAAAUACAUUUUAAGGAAGGUUUUCCUCUGGAAGUUAACACUUUGUUGUUUCUCUUUAAUAGCUGCUAUCAGGUGACACUGUGAUUGAUCAUCUGUAUGUUCUGAUGUAUCUGAUUGAUUCAUUUUCUUUAAUAAAAAUCACAUUUUACUGAAAGAUGUGUUAUAGAAAACCAAACUGAAUCAGAGUUGGUUUUUAAAUAAACGCGUUUGUUUAUAACAUCGUGACAAGAUGCAUGAAAAGUGCUAAAGAAAGCUACAAACCUCUUAGAUUUAAGCAGUGUAAGCAGCUAAAAAGAAAAGUGAAGGAAAAGUAUUUUAACAGUUUGAUGAGCGCAGGCUCUGAGCUUUACAGUAUGUUUCACUUUACUGUUGACAUGACCUCUGAUCCCCACGAUAACGUCCAGUUUGUAAUGAUUGCUUUCAUACAACAGAAUCUGAAUGGUGUUAAGUCAUCGGUUUAUUUUACUCAGAAAGAACAAACUGGGACACAGUGCACUUUUCCACUCUUAUUUUUCAAAUAAGCAGAUGUUCAGCAGAUGUGCUCUCCGGUACAGCUGCAGCUCGCCUGGUCAUACAAACUUAAAACUGUCACACUUUCAGAGCUGUGUGCCGACCUCAUCAUCAACUGAUUCUCUUCUCCUCUUUGAUUCAUUAAUUAUAACCUUUAUUAUUAAAAGUAAUUUUCCUACUAAUUAACGUCAUCCCACUCACAUUUUUUCACAUACGUAUUUCCUGUGAUCUUUGGGCACACCAAGAAUAAUUUACUGUUAAGAGCAAUUAUAAUAGCUAAAUAAUAUCCAUUCGUCCGUUCUCUUCCACUUAUCCAAUUCAAGGUCGUGGGGAGGCGGAGCCUAUCCCAGCACAAACAUGGGGAGAACAUGAAAACUCCAGUAAACAUCUAUGAUGUUUGUAUGAUAACCUAUCAGGUUCAGUCCUCCUUGGACUUGCCCAUAUUUAAGGGGUGUCCAGGAGGCAUUCUGGUUGGAUACCCAAACAAUGUGAAGACAUCUCUAUCUGUAAGGGAGAGCCUAGACAUUCUCCACAAUGACCUCAUGUACCUGCAGAGAAUGUCUAGAUGUAAAAGUUCACUGGUGUAUGCUGUUGUUUCUCCAUCCAGGGCUUUUAAAGUCAAAACCAGUGACAUGUUUUGCCUUCAUGCUGAUGAGUUCAAGAGUAUUUGAAUGUAACUCUGAAAGUGAGAAAUCUUGAGAUGUCAGUUUGGAAAUGGAUCCUCCACAGUGUGCUGUAGUGGUGAAUUAUCAUGGCCUACUACAGUCUAAUGAAUAAGAGUGUUUGUUUUCAGGAUGAUUGCUUCUCUCUAGAAGUGUGUUUACUUACGGUGGGAAACUGCAUCUUCAUUUUUACAGCACCAUUCAUUCAAAUAUGUAGCACAGAGGUCAAAGUGACAAUUAAUCAACACAGUUUUAAAAACGGAUUGAAAAAAGUAAAAGAAGAGCUGCAACUAUCAUCAAUUAUGUGGACAAGAGAAGCCAAAAGCAGGACACCAGAGAUAGAAUGAUUGAUCGAAAAACAAGUAUUAAUGCUGAAUUAAGUCCAAUGAAAUAACAAAGUCCAGAACAAAGUAAACAGAAAGCAGAAGAUAAACACAAGGACCCAGGGAAUAGAUCCAAAACCAUCGAAACGAUCUGCACACGAGUGAAUGUUUGUACACUGAGUGCAGAUUGGGAAAUUUGGGAGUGAAUUAGAUCAUUGGGCAAUAGGUACACCUGUUCAGCUGCUCAUUAACACAAAUAUCUAAUCAGCCACAUGGCAGCAACUCCAUGCAUUUAGACAUGAAGAUAUAAUCAAAACAACCUGCUGAAGUUAAAGCUAAGGAACAAAGAUGGUUUAAGUGACCAAGGCACCAGACUGGCUGAAACUGCUGAUCUGCUGUGAUUUUCCCACACAACCACAAAGCACAAAAAAUAUCCAGUGAGCCAUGAGUGUAGCUAGUACUCAUGUACUCUCAUUUUUCUAGGCCACCUAGUUGUUACAUUUACAAGAGAAGUUAUGACUGACAAAUUCAGGAUGUACAACACGCAGAGUGCAAACUGACAAAAUAAUUCAGUUCAGUCACAAAGAAAAAGUCCUUUAUUUUUUAGACUGAGCGAUAUGACCUCAGAGAGUGUUAUGUGCAGUGUGUUAUGUGUGUUUUGAUUGGUUAAUAAUGGAGUUUACCCUGAAACGUUUGCCCGCUCUAUUUUUUGCAUACCUCUGUCUAGCCUGAGAAGAAAAUAAUUUACCACUAGGUGGUACUGCAAGAACCUUUAUUUGUCCAUCCAACUUCUCAAUCGGUGUAAGAAAAUGUAUUUUUCCUCUGUUCAUGUGUUCAUCUCAAAACCUUUCCUUCAUUAAA